CUUGAAAUAUGUGUAUUUAAACAGAUCCCGAAUGUUUUGACUUUUAGAAAUGCUGAGCAUGAUUUUUAUUUAUGGAUUCAAUAUGGCCCAUUUGUUUCAUGUUUGGCUUUUUGGCCUAUUGUCAAAAUUUUUUCAGUUUUAGUUUGCUACUGUAAUGUGAAUAAAAAAAAUUGUUUUGCAGUUUGUUUACUGUCUUAUUAUUUUUUUUUUAAUUAUUAUAACCUGAUUGUUCUUCUGACACUGCCUGUCCAGUGCUGUGAGUGGAUAACAUCAGUCCCACUCUCUGUUGAUGAUAGACAAUAACCCAUCGUGGAUUUUGAAAAAUCUGUUACUCCUGUGCCAUCCCUUGACAUUUUGACAAUGAGGGUGUGUUUGUUUGGGGAAGGCUCAGGUAUUUCUCACCCAGUUGCCAAGACGUAGGAGCCUGGGAGAUUCUGUAUCCCGUGUGGGAGCUCUGUGUCAGUGGAUUGUUCUGACAGGACGCAAACCUGAGCAGGGGUCUGCUGGCCAUGGGAGCCUCCAGGGUGAAGGUAUGGGCUCUGUCUCUCAGCUAUGUGUUCCUGCUUUGUGCACUUCACACUCAGGCCCAGCAAGAUUAUUCUGGCUUACACUCAGGCGAAGGACAUAUGUAUGAAGGCUCCUUGUCUGAACGAUACAAUGAACCUUCUGUAUCACACAGUGUUGAGUAUCCCAAAGAACCAAAACACAGUUUUGAAGAUGAGCUCUCAGCAUCUGGCUUUCAGCCCUCUGGGCCCACAGUGGUCACCAUGAUCACAGAGGAGACUUACCCAUACUCCAAAGCUGGGGAGUCUUUCGAUUAUGCCAAAGAGGAUAAAACCUUGAUGACCAAGGUUCCAUAUGGAGGGGAUGCUGAGCUGGGACAGGAGGGGCCCACAGAAUGUGAUUGUGAACCAGGAGAGCCGGGAUUUGCAGGCUUUGCUGGGCCAAAGGGCUCUAGAGGACUGCAAGGCAAACAGGGGUUCCCUGGGGCUCAAGGAAGGGAGGGUUACAAAGGAACUAAAGGAGUGCGAGGAAGAGGAGGGGACCCUGGCCCUGAGGGAGACUCUGGACCUGAUGGAGAGGAUGGAGAAUCUGGUUUCUCUGGUGCAAUUGGCCUACCUGGAUUACCAGGAGACAGAGGUGAAGUUGGUGUACCUGGGUUAAAGGGUGAUUUCGGAAUAGGAGGUCCAACCGGUGGAGUGGGUCUAUCGGGAAAGACUGGCCCAGUUGGCCCAAAAGGAAAAUCUGGAAAAGUAGGAGGGAAAGGAAUUAAGGGUUCCAUUGGAAAAACAGGGAAACUGGGUCCUGAGGGACGACAGGGGCAAAAGGGUCAGCUCGGAGCGCCUGGAUUCUCAGGGGACCAUGGAGAGCAGGGUUACUUGGGGUAUUCAGGAGUACCAGGAGACAGAGGUCUGCCCGGACCAAAGGGUGCUAAAGGGCUAGGUGGCUUACCAGGAAGUGAUGGUGAUCCCGGAGAGGAUGGUCCUCUGGGUGUGCCAGGAGUUGUCGGUGUGCCUGGGCCUUUUGGACCUAAGGGUUUGAAAGGUGAUCGAGGAGAAAGAGGACGUCCAGGAAGAGUAGGAUCUGAGGGUCCACUAGGCGAGAGUGGGGAUGCAGGAGUUUCGGGGAAACCCGGACCAAAAGGCUUGCUGGGCCCAACAGGUGCCAAAGGGGAAAUAGGACCAGAUGGCGAAAAAGGGACACUAGGAAGAAAAGGUGUGAGGGGUACUAAAGGAGAAAAGGGAGAUGCUGGUUCUCGUGGCGACAAAGGGCAGCAUGGAAUAAGGGGUCGUUUCGGCCGUGAUGGGCCUGUUGGUCCUAUUGGUCCUCCAGGUUUUCCAGGCCCCAGAGGAGAUAAAGGCCCAGGAGGGGACCUGGGGGUGAAAGGACAAAGUGGACCGAAAGGAGAGCCAGGUGUACCUGGUCCAGGACUGACAGAUGAACAGAUAUUGCAGCUGUGUCAAGGUGUGGUCAAUGCUCAGAUCUCCCAGUAUGCUGCAUCUAUACGUGCCAAAUGUACACAGGGCUGUCCGAUCAACAACCGCACCCUUAUCGGACCACCAGGAGUCCCAGGACCCCCUGGAGAUCCAGGCAAACCUGGUAAAGCAGGAAAGGCAGCUGCUAAAGGAGACAGAGGUCCUCAAGGUACGAGAGGAUUAGAAGGUCAGAAAGGGGCUCAAGGGGACAGAGGUUCUAAAGGUCAGAAAGGGCAGAGGGGUGACUCUGGCAAAGGCCUUCCCGGGCAUGAUGGUCAGCAAGGCCUCAGAGGACUGCCAGGCCAUCCAGGAGAACCAAAGGAUGGAGCUGAGGGGCCACGAGGAGCUCGCGGUUUUCCCGGGCCUGUGGGUCAACCUGGCAUGGCUGGUGGUGCAGGAAUACCUGGAGUGUGUGAGUCACGGGACUGCAGCAUUCAUGCGCCUGUAGUGCGCAAAGAAAUGGGAUUGGUCAAGGGUCCCCUCACCCAGAUCUGAUUGCAGGGAGGUGUGUGAGUGGCCUGGGAAAUGAGGUCUGCUACAGUGCCAAGCACAGAGCUCUCUGUGGUCAUCUCCAGUCCUGGAAAAUUGGCUGCCAAUAAAGGGUUAAGGUACUCUCAGUUGGAAGACAUCACCAAACAGACUGACUGGAAUCAAGACCUGGAGAACUUUAUCAGUUUAUUUUUUUUUACUAUGACCCAUUUCUUUUAAAUCCUCAAAGACAUGCAAUAAUACAAAAUAGUACUAUUAACACUUUUUUUCUUUCAUUAUCAAAAAGAUGUGGAUUGAUAACAAAUUCAGUAGACAUGUUGUAGAUUAAUUGCAAAUUCAGCAAACAUGUAAAUAACUGUGUAAAGUAUCAUAAUGUUGAAAUAUCAUACUUUUUUUUGUCUAUAAAAAGGAGCCUUUUAAUAUUUCUUUUUUUUUUUUUUUUUUUUUGCUUAUUUGUUAAUGCCCUCAUUUUUUUAUUAUUCAGACCAUUACGGCAAUAUUUUUUUUUUCAUCUAUGAGUCAUGAUUGAUCAAGCUGAAUUUUGGUUUAAAUAGUAUGUCAUAAAAUUGCUAAUGUGUGUAAUUGUAGGCUAAUUGUCACAUUUAGAUUAAUAUUUUCCUAAACAGUGCUUAAGUUUUUAUGGUCCUGCCUGAAAAAUGUAAUAUGAUGGACAAAAUACAAUAUUUUAUAACAGAGGGUUUCUCUCACUUGCAAUAAACCUUUUUACUUUUUGCUGCAAUGUAAAAGAAAGUCUAA